AUGACGACCGCGUUAACGUCGCGAGACGAGCCCAAGGCGGCCGAAUAUGCUGGAGUUUCCUAUUUUCCUACAGACGAGGUUUCUGCCUUGGUCCUCGAUCCAGGCUUUUCCAGCACGCGGGCCGGGUUCGCAGGAGAAGACACCCCCAAAUCAAUUGUUCCUUCGUUCUACGCUUCGACCGAGUCCGGGCGACUGUUUGGCGACCACGUUAUUGACGUUCCGCGAGAAAAUGUCGAGAUCAAGAAUCCCAUUAACAAAGAUGGUCUCGUGGAGGAUUGGGAUGCGGCUGAAGCGUUGUGGAAACACUCUUUUGCGCACAAACUUACGGGAGUUCGACCGAACCGGGCUCUACAAGAGUGGUUGAACGACCCCAAGGCGGUCCCCGACUUACACAAGGCCAUGACAGAGGCGGUGGACACAGAGCGGUGUCUGGAAGAUCAUCCUCUCUUCAUGACGGAGCCAUCGUGGAACCCGACCAAGUCGAGGGAAAAGUGCGCCGAGAUUGCAUUGGAGUCAUGGGCAGCCCCGGCAUUCUAUCUCGGACGUGCAGGUGUGAUGGGCGCCUUUGCCGCAGGCAGGCCAACUGCCUUGGUCAUGGACUUUGGGGCGUCGCAAGUGUCGGUGACUCCGGUGCACGACGGGAUGAUCCUGAAGAAGGGAGUGGUCAGGUCCAACAUCGGAGGCAAUUACCUCUCCUCACAAGUGCGCAGUAUGCUUGCAGCAAACGAGCCAGAACCGAUCAGAAUCACGCCACAUUACUUGGUUCAAUCGAAACAACCAGUGGAUGCUGGACAGGCGGCAAAUGCAGUGUUGAAGCAGAUGCCGGAAGGGUUCAAGGCACCCCAGGCAUCGUUUCGACGGUACCAGGAAGAGAAGGUGGUUUUGGAAUUCAAAGAGAUCGCCCUGCAAGCGUGGACCAACCCCAACACACCAUUCCGAGGACAAGGUGAAGUGAUGACGCGGGAGCAACAAUACGCGCACCCAUUCGAGUUUCCGGACGGAUACAACCAGGCCUUUUCUUCGGAACGAUUUCGGAUCGUCGAGUCACUGUUUGACAGCCAAUGCUACUACGCGCCGCCUGCCGGGUCCGAGGAUGCCAAAGAUUAUCCUGCACCGGAUGGACAAUCCACGAUUCCGGGAUUGGUACGGACGAGCCUAAGCCAGGUGGAUGUGGACAUCCGGCCCUUGUUGUUGGGCAAUGUGGUCGUGACCGGUGCAGGGUCCCUGAUUCGAGGAUUGCCAGACCGCAUCCAGCAAGAACUGACCAAGAUGUACCCCAGCACGAGGGUGCGCAUUCAAGCAUCAGGAAUGGCAGUGGAAAGAAAAUUUGGUAACUGGAUUGGCGGCAGCAUCGUGGCCAGCUUGGGAACGUUUCACCAAAUGUGGAUUUCCAAGAAGGAAUACGAGGAGCACGGGGCGAGCAUUGUGGAGAAGAGGUGCAAGUAA